GCUGUAGGCUCUCUGCACAGCGCACACUGUAAACAUCAGCUGUGUCAGUCGGGUUGAGCUAGCUGCUACUGCUAUGCUAUCAAACAGGUUUGUUAGCCUGGAUAGCCAACGCACUCGAGGGCUGAUUAAUGCAGCACCGUCGUAACCGAGACUUUGACAACACCCGCAACAUCGAGUGAACAUGCGGACAUGUGAUUACAUAUAGGAAAACCUGAAGAUGGACAAGGAGAGCAACCUGUCAUCCGUCCGGUCCUUGGACCAUAAACAGAGGAGACAGAGGACGGAGCCUCCUGAGCCAUCACCGCCUGUGAUGUUGCCAAAUCCUUAUGUGUCCGACAAGAGUUUGAGAGGGACCUGGUCAGGCAUGGGCCCAAAGCAGAAUCCAUCAAAAACAAAUGGAGUGUCAGCAGGAAAAGGUGAUGUGCCGAGGAGUCACGGCUACAGCAGCAGCCGUCGUGUUAGGGAGACCAAUCAGGAUUUUAUGCAGAGAGAGCGCCCCACGCGGGAUCCGCAAGCAAAGGCAUCGAAAAGCAACAAUGACUCUCCUGCACAAAGCAGAACUGUGGGCAAGAACUCACAGAAUUUUUUACAGAAUUCACAGAAAAAAGGCUCUCGAGGUGCCCGAUCUGCCCCGACUUCUGCAGGGAAGACAAAACCAGCACAGGCAGCCAUGACCCCAUUUGAGGUUAAGAUGACUGAUUUCCCAGAGUUAGCAGGUCCUCCUCCGGUUCAGAGAGCAUGCUGGGGUCCAACCCCUCCAUCCACGAGCCCUCUUCCGCAGACAUCAGCAGUAUCCUGGAAGUCUGGAACAAGAAGAUCCCAAACUCAGCCUGACCCCCAACAAACAGCUACAAAUGCUAAGCCAGAUUCCUCUGCUACCUCACCAGGUCAGAUGGUGGUCACUUCAUGGGCAAAUGUCGCAUCUCAACCUCCAAAGAAAGUUGUCCCUAAAGAGGCUACAACUGGCUACAACCAUAUGCAGACGGAGGAAACUGUCACGCAGCGUGAAGAUGGAGCCCCAGGGAAGAAGAAAAGGAAGAAAAAGAAGAAAAAAGCUAAAGGUGAUGAUGCAGAAGCUGAGACAGAAGAGCCAGCAUAUUAUCAGGAGCCUCCAAAAUUUGAGGAUGAAGAAGAGUUUCCGGGUCUGACUCUUUCUUUGACUGGGAUUGAUAAACUGAUAACUAGCAACAAUGCAGCAAAACUAUGCAAUGAGGAAAACCAGAGAGAAAGUGUUCAGCAUCAGUCUGUUGAACAAACCAAGGAAAAGUCACCUGCAGCAAAAACUCAACAAGGACAGAAAGCUGAAAAGGUGUCUGGGAAGAAAAGCAAAGUUCCUGUUCAGCUCGACAUUGGUAACAUGUUGGCCGCCCUGGAGAAGAAGCAACAGUCUCAAAAAGCUAAGCAGGACGCCAAACCAGUCAUUCUCUCAGUUGGUGGAGGACUGCCUGUUGUCCAAAAGCAACAAUUAGUCCAGAAGAAGCUGCCCUGGCAGCAGGAUAAAAUUGCCCAUAAUCCCCUGGACUCCACCAGUCCUUUGGUGAAGAAAGGCAAGCAGAGAGAGGUUCCAAAAGCAAAGAAACCCACUCCUCUAAAGAAGGUCAUUUUGAAAGAAAGGGAGGAGAGGAAACAACGACGACUGCUGGAGGAGAGAGGUCUGCUGCCUGAAAAUGAGCUCCAGCCCGCUAAUGAAGAGGAGAUGGGUGACACUAAUGCCACAGAACGCUCAGAUGAAGUCAGAAGUCCAUCAGAGGAACCUGAGGAUGAGUCGGAGUUAAAUGGCACAAAUCAGACGGUGAAAGAGGAUGAUGAAGAAGCCAAGAAAAACGAGACAGUAGAUCAGCAGACCAUCUUACCUGUUCCCUGCCCAGCAAACCGCCCCAAAAUCCACAGCAGAAAGUUCCGAGACUAUUGCAACCAGAUGCUGAGCAAAGACGUUGACGAGUGUGUGACGAACUUGCUGAAGGAGCUGGUUCGUUUCCAGGACCGCCUGUACCAGAAGGACCCAAUGAAGGCCCGCAUGAAGAGGCGCAUCGUCAUGGGGCUCAGAGAGGUCCUGAAGCACCUUAAACUCAGGAAGGUCAAGUGCGUCGUCAUUUCACCCAACUGCGAACGCAUCCAGUCCAAAGGAGGCCUAGAUGAAGCUCUUUACACCAUCAUCGACACUUGUCGCGAACAGGGGGUGCCAUUCGUGUUCGCCCUCUCCAGGAAGGCUCUGGGUCACUGCGUUAACAAGGCAGUGCCUGUUAGCCUGGUGGGCAUCUUCAACUACGAUGGCGCACAGGAUAUCUAUCAUAAGAUGAUCGAGUUAUCGUCUGAGGCCAGGAGAGCCUAUGAGGUGAUGGUGACAAGCCUGGAGCAGACGGACCAUGCAGAGGCGGAGCUGGCAGAAAACACUGAGGAACAGCUGCAGAUCAGCAGCUUGGCUGAGGAGGCUGAGCUCAGUCCUGAUGCCACACAGCCAGAAGAACCAGAAUACAUCAAGAUUUGGAAGAAAAUGUUGGAGAAGGACUGCAACCACAAGUUUUUGAACUUUGAGGAGCAGCUGAGCGCCAUGUGCUUGGAAAGUGAAUGUACUGAGAACACUGAUGAAGUUGAGAAAAGUUGACAGUGGCAAAGCCAUAUGUGCCUCUAAAAAUGAACCCACGUGUCCUCAACGCCAGCACAUCAGAAACUAGGAUUGACUCGAGUCAGUUGAGUCACACACGCAAAAAAAAGCAAUGAAAGGUGCCCUGCUGCUGUGGCUCCCAACAUGGGGUAUUUGUGAGGAAACGAAUCAUGUUGCUAAUGUUUUGCAAUCAAUCAUAAUUUCCCAAGUCUGAUUUGUGUGUUUGAGUUAAAGAUAAUUGGGCAAAAGUGUGUGUGUGUGUGAGUGUGUGCGGAUACUAUCCUGGAGAGAUAAACCACUCACUUUUUAGGACCAAGCUUGAACAGAUUCCAGAUCCCACAAUAUGAAUUUUCAACCAUGUUGUCUGUGAACAUGCCACAGGAGGAUAUAUACUGAAUGUCUGUUGAGCAUCAACCAGUUACACAGAACAGCACUUGGCCUCCUCUGCUCAUCAUCAAGUUUCUUUCUGGCAUUUUUUUUGCUUUAUUUGUCAGGGACAACAGUGAGCUGACAGGAAGUGAAUGUCAGGAUGGUACACACUUGUGGGCAUUGUAGUCGCAUGGUCAGUGUCUUGUACGGCCUCAGAUAAAGGCCAUUAGAUUUUUAAGCUUUUGAAAUGAUAGGUUGUUUAUCACCUGUUUAACUGUCAAACAAAACUGCAUGUGAAAUCAGAGCUUGUGAAUGUAGAAGUUCCCACACUGCCUAACACUGACGGCUCCUCAGAUUUGUACUUGAAUUUGUAACUUGAGUAUUUGGCACUGUGCGGAAAAUUUGAGCGCCGAGUUCCACACACAAGUUUUGAGUUCGUACUCCGUUUCUGUUUGUGUUGUCUUUUGUUACUCUGAGGUUUACAAAGGUUGACACGCAACAGGAGACUUUUGAGUCAUCUCUGAACAUAAUUUCACAAGCUCCGUAUCAUGUUGAAAUUCUUUUGAGCCCAGUCUUAAACCCCUCGGCCACCACGACACACCUAUGUUCAGUAUAGAGUUAAAAAUUAAGCUAUGCUCGUUUUUGCAUAAGAAUUGAAUUAUGUUUUUGCUUGACAAGUCAGAACAUGUAAUUAUGUGUUUGUUUUGUUAAUCCUGAUUGCACUACAUGGUAUUUUGUAUUUGUGUUAGACUACCAAAGUACUACGCAGUGUUUGUUGUACUGCCUGUGAUUAGGUGUAAGUGGUAGCAUUUGACUUUCUUAAAAGAUAAAAAAAAAACAGCUGCAUUACCAGCUGUUAGCUUGACUCAU